AGUCCGCGGGCCGAUCGGUCACGUGAUGCGACGUCAUGGCCCGGCGCGGUCCGGUCCGGCGCAGAGCACAUCCACACGGCGGACCGCGAUAGCAGACGGCGGAGCAGAUCAACCAGCUACACUCUCGGCCGCAGUGCUCGCGACUCAACAAAUUCGCGAAACCAUGCCAACCCCUCGCGCUCAUGCUGCGCAUGUUAUCGCGAAUAGAAGUCGUCGAAAUGGAGGCGGAGCAGAAACGUCGUUUGGCCGCUGUGGCGUUGGCUCUUUGCGUGGACGAAGAAGAUUACUACCCUGCCCCGAAAAGGUCGUGUUGGGUGAAGGAUUGGAUGUGCAGGAAGGAGCUCGGCCUGCAGAACCAACUCUUCAAAGAGCUGGUAGUGUCCGACCCUUCUGAGUACAGACGGCUCCUGCGCGUGAGCCGGGAGCAGUUCGCGGAACUUCUCGCGCGCGUGGGGCCUAGGAUAGCACGGAAGACGACUGUCAUGCGCCAGCCGAUACAGCCGGCGACGAAGCUGCAAGCAACGCUGCGUUACCUUGCAUCUGGUGAGAGCCACCAUUCCUUAAGUCGCCAGUUCAGAGUCGGGCACUCCACCGCCAACGAUUUCAUUCCCGAAACGUGUUCGGCUAUCUAUCAUAAGCUAAGCAAAGAUUAUAUGAAGUCACCAAAAACAGUUGAAGAUUGGCGGUACGUUAUUAGGGGGUUUGACGAAAAUUGGCAAUUUCCAAACUGUGUGGGGGCAAUAGAUGGGAAGCAUGUCUGCAUAACCAAACCAGCCAACUCUGGGUCCCUUUACUUUAACUAUAAAAAGUCGUUUAGCAUAAUUCUUCUGGCUGUUGUGGAUGCAAAUUAUAAAUUUACCUACAUUGACGUUGGUGUGCCCGGCGCUCGAGGCGACGCAGGAGUAUGGCAGUCCACGCCCCUGCAGGAGGCAUUGGAAGGCAACAGAGCAAACUUGCCAGACCAUGUGGAAGUUGGACCAGGUCUAUUCCUACCCCCCGUGUUUGUGGCCGACGACGCAUUUCCCAUCGGGAAGAACCUGAUGAAGCCGUAUGGAGGUAGCAGCCUGUCGGGUGAUCAGCGGAUCUUUAAUUACAGGUUGUCCAGAGCAAGACGGGUUGUGGAGAACGCGUUCGGUAUACUGGCCAAUCGCUUUCGCUUUCUUCUCACUACAAUCAACGCAGGGCCUGAAAGAGUUGUCCCGAUGGUGAAGGCAGCAUGUGUGCUACAUAACUACCUUGGCAACGACAUGAGCACAUUUCCUGACUCGGGGCCCGAAGAUAGGGAGCAAAUAUUUUUUGGCCUACGAACAACACGCGGACGUGUAAACGCAUUUGGUGCCAGGGUCCGUGAGGACAUGCGGGACUACUUCAACGGCCAAGGUGUUGUGCCGUGGCAGAGGGCAUCUGCAUAUGUUGAUGAAUAGGAAUAAAAUGACCAUUUGCACACACA